AGGCUUCAGAGAGAGGCCUCAAACAGCCCCGAUCCACUCUGGUAUCUGUGUGGACCUGAGCGAGGACAAGGCCUGGAACUCCAGGAGGAUCCCUGAUGCAGCCUUGAGAGCUCGACUAAAUGGUUCAACCGAUCCUGUUAAAAUUCAACUGCACUCACUGAAGACAUCAACUAAAGCGGCAACGCGCGACAGUCUGCCUGAUAAACAUGCUGGACCUCAGAAGUUAUGAAGAAGUCCGCUGGGACAGGAAGUUGCCACGGCGCUUGCAGGCCCCAGAAACAACCCUGGAGAAACUGGCGGACCCAGUGAGUGAGCGACCCUCAUCGAGGCGCUACAACGGCCGACCUCAGCUGUGGCAGUCUGUAGGAGCCGACUGGAACAGACGACAGCUUCGAUUGAGGAAUGACGCCAAGAAACCCGUAUCGUUCUGCAGUGGAUGUCCGAGGUCAGGUCAGAUCCCUCUAUACACAGGUACCAUUGGCUCCGAGAACAUGGAGAACAUUGACAACACGGAUGAAGACUUUCACCCGCUGACCCUGAAGAGGAGCAUCAUACCUCCGUACACACCUACAGCGCAGUGAGACACGUUUAUCACACACACACAUUCACUUCUCCAGAGCUCUUUUCCCUCUUCAUAAUAGUUUUUAUUACCCUCUUGGUAACUAAAAUGCCAUCUUGAAGGAGCUCCUAUUUCUAUCUCACUAACCCUAGCACAUUCUGAUGCAAACUUCU